UUUUCAGAAAAAAAGACGUGUUUUCCAAAUUUUUGCUGUUUUCUUUGGACAAAAAACGACAUGUUUAUCGUUAGUUCUUUCUUUUGAAAGGCCUAGCAGAGGUUUUUCAGCAGCAUCUGGAAAAUUCAAUUUUUUGAUGAAUCUCUCCGAAAGCUCGCACUUCCUGACCAUUUUCACCGUCUCUUCCACCUUCCGAAUGGUUGCAUCAAUCUAAGGAGUGCAAAAUGCUGGGCAUUUCUUAUGGCGAGCUCUUCCUUUUGAUCGGCGCAACCGCUGCUCUUGUCGGGCCAAAGGAUCUUCCGAUUAUCGCCAGAACAGCGGGGAGAAUAGCGGGUCGUGCAAUCGGAUAUGUUCAAUUGGCUCGCGGACAGUUCGAAAACGUUAUGCAACAGUCACAAGCUCGUCAGAUUCACAAAGAGCUUCAAGACACAAUGGCACAGCUAGAGGCAAUUCGUUACGAAAUUCGAAGCAUCUCCCUUGUGAAUCCUGGUCCUUUGACUAGAAAGAUGAUGGAUAAUCCACUUGAAAAUAGCUCCCCUAUUAAUUCUGGAAAUGGUGUAUUUGAGAAGGGUGAGGAGGAGAAACAGCCAGCAAAGACCAUGAUGAAGGAUGAUAGUGAUCUCAAAACCUUAGAGUCAAUUAAUUUGCAUAGCCAAGCAACUGCUUAUGCAAAAUUGGCCGAAUCUGAAGCUGUGAAGACUGCUUCUUUUAAAGCAAAGUUGGAGAAAGAGAAGCUUGGUCUCUUCGCAAUUCUCCCCAUUUCGGCUGAAAGCACCGGGAUGUUACCUAAUCGAAAAGAGAAGGCAACAGGGUCAGACAUUGUGUUGGAAGCUGUACUUGAAGCAGAGGUCGCACAUAAUGCCAAAGACUUCUUUUCACAGCCUGAAAAUCAAAUACCAGCGAAUCCAUAAGUAGCGUAGACAGUAUCAGCUGCAAGUAUACCGGGAAAUAAAACGUAUUGUGAUGCCAGUCCAUUUGUUGUCAACUGUGUACAUAUUGAACAUCUUUUGCUGCAUAAUAGUAGCGUAUUUAGUUGAGAAUUGUCUUCAGGUUUAGUUAUACAAAUCUAUCCCAAAUCAUCUUUUUCCACCUUAAUAAGAAGAG